AUGGGCGAGUACCUCAAGGACGUCCCCGAGUUCAUCGAGCUCGACCUCGGAGAGUCGCUCAUCUCGCGCACAGAGUCGCUCGCCUCGUUCCGCGAACUGGGUCCGCCUGAUCUGUGUCACGUCAUCAAGACGACGGGCAAGGCCGGCCAAAAAGACGUCGGCUCGUACCACUACGUCUCGGGCGUCGACGCCUCCUCAUCGGCAUCCCUCGCCGCCUACCUCAACUCGCUCACGUACACGGUCGAGGAGACGGCCUCGUGGUUCUUCGGCUCGACCUCGGCAAAGUCGCCCUGGCGCAUCCGCGGCGGCGCCUUCUGCUCGUUCAACGCCUUCUCGCGCGUCGACGUCCGUGUCGAGGUCAAGAUCCCGGGCGGCGUCGAGGCCUACGUGAUCGACGUGCGCGGCGAGCGGCACGAGGCGACGCCCCAGAUGUGGCAGGAGGUCUACCUGUCGGCGAUCCUGCGCGCCAUCCUGUACGCCGACGACGCCAACUACCGCCUCGCCGGCUUCCGCAAGCUCGACCCGAUCGCGUCGCUCGAUGCCGAGCUCAAGUUUGUCGCAGCAGCAGAGGCAGCGUUCUUCAAGGGCUGGCAGCUCGGCUCCGAACCCGAGAUCCAGGUCGCGACGGUCGUGUCCAAUCACCUCACGAGCGGGCUCAUGAAGUACUUCGGCGACUCGUUCCGGUUCGGGCCCGCCGUCAACCUGUUCGAGAAGCUCGUCGUCAAGGAGGGCGAGGUCGCGUGCUUGCUCGCGCAGAGCUACCUCGGCAUGAACGAGGAGGUCAAGGCGGUCCGGGUCCUCCAGUCGGCGAUCCAGAACCACCCUCAGUCGUACUCGCUCCUGCACGUCCAGUGCGACUUUCUGCGGUCCAAGGGCAAGACCGAGUGGGCGCUCAAAAUGGCCAAGCAGGCCGUCAACUGCGCGCCGAGCGAGUUCGUCACGUGGGCCAAGUUGACCGACGUCAACAUGGAGCUCGGCCGGUUCAGCGACGCCCUCUUGACGCUCAACUCGUGCCCGAUGUUCACCUACUCGGAGCGCGACCAGCACCGCAUGCCGACACCGGCCAAGUCGCACCUGCCCGUCAAGGACUUCAUCGCCACGUCGGGCAUCCUCGACGACGACGCGGCGGCAGGCGCCAACGACGCCGACGUCGCCCUGUUGCGCCUUCCCGCCCCGAGCCUGCGCGGCACAUUCGCCAAGGCGUACGUCCUCCUCGCCAAGCUCGUCAGCGUCAUCGGCUGGGACGAGCUCCUCAAGUGCCGGAGCCAGGUCUUUGUCAUGGAGGAGGAGUACCGCAUGCACCGCGCGGCCGACCCGGUUCCCGAGUCGCCUCUCGUGUCGAGCGGCAGCGAGGCGGCGUCGAUCAAGGGCGACCGCUCGAGCGCGCCGGCACGAGCAGGAGGAGAUGCAGCGGCGGCGGCGCCGAGCGGCGUGCCGACGAUCGCCGUGAACGGGCAGACCGAGGACGGGCGGGACCUCGACGAGGAGGAGCGCGCGCGGUCGACGAGCCCGGCCGGGAUCCCGACCAUCAAGGAGGACGGCGGCGCCGCCGGCGAGGACGAGUCGGCCAAGGGCGACGUCGACGGCGACAACGAGGGCAAGGACGGCGGCGCAGGGUUCCAGAACAAGCGCCUGUGCGAGCGGUGGCUCGACAACCUCUUCAUGGUCCUGUACGAGGACCUGCGCGUGUACACGAUCUGGCGGGCCGAGGUGGCGCAUUUCAAGGCGCAGCACUUGCCGUACCGCAAGACGGGCACCGAGUGGGAGAUCCUCGGCGAGCUCGCGCAGCGGCUGCACCACCAGGAGGAGGCCAAGGACGCCUUUCAGCGUGCGCUCGACGCCAAGUUCUCGGCCAAGGCGUGGCUCAAGCUGCUCGAGUUUUACGCCGACGAGGGCGACGUCCAGCGCGCGCUCAACGCCGCCAUCCGCCUCAGCGUGUACCAGCACCGGUGGUACAUGGAGGCGGCAUACCCGACGGCCGUCGCGCACCAACUCUUCAAGCUCAUCCGCCGCGACGGCCUCGCCAAGAUCUCGUACUCGCUCGUCUCGAUGAACGUGCCGCAGGCCAUCCUCAAGAAGGUCGCGCAGCCCUACUUCCAGUACGCGCAGACUUUCCGGGUCGACGGAUCCGACUUCUGAGCGGCGCCUCUCUUUCCCGCUCCCUCCUCCUCUCCUCUUUUCCCCUCGCGCCUCUCUCUCGUGCCCGUGUCCCCUUACAGACGUUUAGAGUAGCAGUCUUUCCACCCUUUCUCU